AUUUCUCUUUUUUAAUACGAUAAAAGGUGACUUUUGAAGUACAUGCGUCUAGACCCUGAGUAUAACGCUGGAGCCUGUUGAACUUUUUCGUUCAUGCAAAAAAAUUUGGAGACUUAGCAGAAUCUAUGAAGAACUCCAAAUGGGAGGAUAACAAAAUUCAUGGGUAAAAGAAUUGGGGGCAAAUGUGAUGCUUUUGUAGGGUUUCAAUCUUGUCCCUCUUCCCUCUAUAGAAUGGUGGAUCAAUUCUUUCCGUCGAAGUUCGCUGGAAGCAUGAGCACCGGUGAAAUUCCCGGCGAAAUCUCCUCUAAGUAUAUGCCUGAAAAAUGCGAGCAAAUGAUGCUCCUUUCUGGUCCGCCUUGCUGUGGAAAAACCUCGCUUCUUUUUCAGUUUGCCUAUAAUCGGGCAAGGGAGAGCUCAGAUUCAGUGGUGUUUAUCUGCAACAAACAGAGGAUGGAAAACAAACUACCAUUUUUAAUCCAGGGCAUUGCUCCAUCAUCAGACAUAUUUAACAAAAUUCAGAUGAAGUAUUUGGAAGAUGAUGAGGGACUCAAAAAGUACUUUGCAGCAUUCCAUUUUCACGAGACAUUUCCAACUGCAGUUAUCAUUGAUGACUUUGGUGAAUUCUUCCAUGAUAGAAACUGUCAAGAGAGGUAUGGAAAUCAAAGAGGAAGGGACUUGGCCAUGGUUAGAACCUUGGCAUUGUGUCGGGAUGCUAUAGACUAUGUAAAUGGGAAACAGAAUUUGAGGGGGACAUGCAAGCUUUUGCUCUCUGAUACACAUCAUGGUGAUAGCCCUAGACUCUUAUUUAUCUAUAAGAGGUGGCUGCCAUGCAUUUUCACAAUCAAAGUGCAUGUCAAUGGAUCAUUUUUGCUGAGCAAAGGGGAUUCGAGUCAUGCGGUUAGGUACUCCAUUUCUCUUCAGCAUCUCACAAUAGAGGAAAUUAUCAGGGAAGACGGCUUUUCAUAAUUUGCAAGAACAAUGGUUCAGAGUUUGUAUGGCUGUUGUCUCAGACCCAUUAGUUAGGUUUUACUUUGUUCAUUUACGGAUCAGUGAAAGUUUUCAAAGAAAUUUGAAAUAUUUUACUCUGUAAGAAUGGAAGAAAUGAAUUCCAUUGUUCAUGAUGGUAACUAAA